UAGGCAGGGGGUACAUCUAUAUCUCCUGCCCUGCCUCCCAAGAAGGCAGAAGCCCUAAAGCAGUGGGUUUUAACCUUUUGGGGGAAUCCAUAUUUCUUUGAGAAUCUGAUGAAAUUUUGCCCGCUGAAGCUAUUAACCGCAGGUUAAGAAGUACUGCCCUGGAGUGGAAGAAGGGCUCUUUUGUAAACACUCACCCUUCCCUGUCUCUGUCAUCCUUCCAACUUCCCCUUCCUGCCCUAUUCAGGCUGAACCUCCCUCCACAAUGCCACUGUCAGGAACCCCGGCCCCCAACAAGAAGAGGAAAUCCAGCAAGCUGAUCAUGGAACUCUCUGGAGGUGGGCAGGAAAGCUCAGGCCUGAACCUGGGCAAGAAGAUCAGUGUCCCCAGGGAUGUGAUGUUGGAGGAGCUGUCACUGCUCACUAACCGGGGCUCCAAGAUGUUCAAACUGCGGCAGAUGCGAGUGGAGAAAUUUAUCUACGAGAAUCACCCUGAUGUCUUCUCUGACAGCUCGAUUGAUCACUUUCAGAAGUUCCUUCCUACAGUGGGGGGUCAGCUGGGCACAGCUGGUCAGGAAUUCUCCUACGGCAAGGGCAGUGGUGGAGGCCAGGCAGGGGGCAGCAGCUCUGCCAGACAGUAUGGCUCUGACCAGCAGCACCAUCGAGGCCCUGGGUCUGCAUCUGGGUCUGGAACUGGGGGCACAGGUGGCCCUGGGGGCACAGGUGGCCCUGGGGGCCAGGCCAGCAGAGGAGGAGGUAGCUCAGCAGGAGGUGGCUCAGUGGGAGUUGGCGAGUCGGGAACAGGAGACCAGGCAGGUGGAGAAGGAAAACAUAUUACUGUGUUCAAGACCUAUAUUUCUCCAUGGGAGCGAGCCAUGGGGGUUGACGCCCAGCAGAAAGUAGAACUUGGUAUUGACCUGCUGGCCUAUGGGGCCAAAGCUGAACUCCCCAAAUAUAAGUCCUUCAACAGGACGGCAAUGCCCUACGGUGGAUAUGAGAAGGCUUCCAAACGCAUGACCUUCCAGAUGCCCAAAAUUGAGCUGGGGCCCCUGCUAAGUGAACCCUUGGUCCUCUACAACCAGAACCUCUCCAACAGGCCUUCUUUCAAUCGAACCCCUAUUCCCUGGCUGAGCUCUGGGGAGCCUGUAGACUACAACGUGGAUAUCAGCAUCCCCUUGGAUGGAGAAACAGAGGAGCUGUGAGGUGUUUCCCCCUCUACUUUACAUCAAGUUUCCCCUCUCUGGUUCUACUUUGGAGAGUGAAUGCUGAGCAGGAUACCCCCAUGUAAAUCCAGUAACCUUGUAGGAAUGGAGGAAAAAGGAGGGAGAGAUCUGCUUUUCCAUCCUUUACUCCAAGUCCCCACUCCAAGCAUCCUUCCUUUCCAACUCAGAGCUCCCUUUCCACUUACACCAUAUGGAACCUACUCUUUUAUGGAAUUUGCUCUGCCACCAGUAACAGUCAAUAAAUUUCAAGGAAAUGAACUCAUUCUUCCUCUGAUAUGUGAGGGCAGACGAAAGCUGAGACUAACAAUGCACAGAGACUAAUUAAAGUCAAACACUAAGCAUUCAUUACUCAGACUUCAAGACCGGACCUGAGCUCUGGUUGCUUACACACCCACACCCACAUCCACACCUACGAAACCACAUUCAUAGGUACAUACAAAACAUACUUAUUCAGUAGAGCAUAAGACAAAUACUCACGCACAAACACACGUGUUACCCCAUAUGUGGGCAAAGCUAUUGUGCACUGUGGUUAGGAAACAGGUGUUGGUGACCCUGAUGCUAGCUCUUUCUGUAGCUGAUUAGAAACUGGGAUAAUCAGGGUUACACAAUUGUCACAGAACUAGAGCAUGCCAUAGAGUUUCCACAUGACACCAGAGUGGGCUUAGAAAAUAUGUGUGUCAAAGCUUACAGAUUCUCAAAAUGAUGAAACAGAAUAGGGAGCCAUGUGGGAUCUAGAGGGCUAUGGGAGAAACCAACUAUAGUUAUAGUAUGCCCGGCUCUGCG